GGAGCAUAAGGUUUUGUCGCUGCUGUGAAGAUUGAGCUUCACCCCAGACUGUAACUUCCUUCUGUCUAACGUCUAGUAUUUGAAGAUAGAAGUUUCAAAUCAACAAAUGAAGGACUUCUGCCCAAAACAUCAACACUCCUGCUCCUCAGAUGCUGCCUGACCUGAUGUGCUUUUCCAGCACACUUCUCGACUCACUGUACAGCAUCUGCAAUCCUUGCUUUGACAUCAAUAUCUGACAGUCACUCAAUCCAUCAGGACCUCAGCAAUUUUCAACUUAGAUUCUGUGAGAAGGAGCAAAGCUUUUUGGUUCCUGUUUCAGUACAUUUUCAGCAUCAGUGGGACUGGAUGAGAGACCCGACUGUUGAACCGCACUGAGUGUGGAGCAUGGAUGAGUGAUACGGCCUGGAACGAGGAAUUCACGGCGGGGAGGGGCUAUACACAUGUUUGUGUGCAGGUGAAGCUUUGGCCAUGGAGAAUCCCGAGGAAUCUCGCCCUGUGGAGAAACCGUGGAAGUGUGGCGACUGUGGAAAAGGCUUCCGUGUCCCGUCUGCCCUGGAGAUUCAUCAGCGCAGUCACACCAGGGAGAGGCCAUUCUCCUGCACAGAGUGCAGAAAGGGUUUUACCCAGGCCUCCACCCUGCUGAGGCACCAGCAGGUCCACACGGGGGAGAGGCCAUUCUCCUGCCCCGAGUGCAGGAAGGGUUUUACCCAGGCUUCCUCCAUGCUGAGGCACCAGCGGCGCCAUACGGGGGAGAGGCCAUUCAGGUGCCCUGAGUGUGGGAAGGGCUUUACCCGGGCCUCCAUCCUGCUGACUCACCAGCGGGUCCACACUGGAGAGAGGCCAUUCCCCUGCCCAGAAUGCGGGAAGGCCUUCAGCAAUUCCUCCCACCUUCUGAUCCACCGGCGUGUCCACACGCGGGAGAGGCCCUUCAGCUGUCCCGAGUGUGGGAAGAGAUUCAGUCAAGUGGGCACCUUGCGGAAGCACCAGCUGCUCCAUGCCGGGGAGAGGCCCUUCAGCUGCCCCGAGUGCUGGAAAGCUUUCAGCGAUUCCUCUGCCCUGCUGAGGCAUCAGCUAGUCCAUACCGGGGAGUGGCCUUUCAGGUGCCCCGAGUGCGGGAAGGGCUUUAGCGAUUCCUCUAAUCUCCAGACCCACCGGCGGGUCCACACGGGGGAGAGACCCUUCAGUUGUCCCAAGUGCAGGAAGGCCUUCAGCGAUUCCUCUAAUCUUCAGACCCACCGGCGGGUUCACACGGGGGAGAGGCCCUUCAGUUGCCUCAAGUGCAGGAAGGCCUUUACCUGCUCCUCCCUCCUGCGGAGGCACCAGCGAGUUCAUUUGUCAUCGCAGGGGUUUGAAGGAACGAUGGAAUUCACAGCGGGAAGGGGGUUGUACACAUAUUUGUGUACAGCUGAAGCUUCAGCCAUGGAGAAACCAUGGAAGUGUGAUAAUUGUGGGAAAGGCUUUCAUGCCCCGUCUGUCCUGGAGACUUAUCGGCGCAGCCACACUGGGGAGAGGCCAUUCAGCUGCCCCGAGUGCGGCAAGGCCUUCAGCAAUUCCACCACUCUGUUGACCCGCAAGCGGGUCCGGGCGGGGGAGAGGCCCUUCAGCUGCUCAGAGUGUGGGAAGGCCUUCAGCAAUUCCUCCGACCUGCUGAAGCACCAGCGGGUCCACACAGGGGAGAGGCCAUUCUCCUGCCCUGACUGCGGGCAGGCCUUCGGUGAUUCCUCUGCCCUGCUGACCCACCGGCGGGUCCAUACAGGGGAAAGGCCCUUCAGCUGUCCCGACUGCGGGAAGGCCUUCAGCAAAUCCUCUGACCUGCUGAAGCACCAGCUUUGAGCUCCAAAUGGUUUUUGUUUUAAAGCUGCUCAUUUCUUUCAGCCUCCUGCACUAAGUUUCCAAUGUUGUGUAUCAGAUGGAGCAGUGAAUGAGUAGCUACUAUCGUUAAAAAUUGUAAAUUUUUCAGGAGUGCAGGUACUGCACCAUUUCAUCAGCUACUGCACCAUUUCAUCAGCAUUGUAAAGUUUACUGGCAGCAGUAAAGGGUGUGGGCCGUGUUCACUAAAAACGAUGUGGAGGAGCCGGUGUUGGACUGGGGUGGGUAAAAUUAAAAAUCAUAGUUAAGUUAAAAAGCACCAGGUUAUAGUCCAAUAGGUUUAUUUGGACGCACUAGCUUUCAGAGCGCUGCUCCUUCAUCGGGUAGCUGUGGAGCAGGAUCAUAAGACACAGAAUUUAUAGCGAAAGAUCAGUGUCAUAGAACAGAAAGUAUAUAUUGAAAAAAACCUGGAUUGCUGUUAAGUCUUUCAUCUUUUAGAAUGGGUUGCAGGUUUUGAUUCAUUAAUGUAUAAAUCCCAGAGCACUUUUUAAGUCACAGUCUCGAGAUGACUUAAGGUUUUAUAAAAAUAGGUGACAGCUCAGCUCUCACAAUGUAUGAAAGGUGUGAAGUUUGAGUGUGUCUGUAUCCGAAUCUUGAAUCAGACUGGUUCUAUUAUCAAAGUAGGAAUUUAGAAAAUAAUACAUGGAUUGACUACCUGCCGAUUUCUGCUCAGAAAGUGCACAUUGAAUGUAUCUGCAAAUGUAAAUUCACCCCAUAGACCCAUGUGUAUGUGUUUGCAUGUGUGCAUGCUUGGUAAAGUUUGUCUGUGUGAUGGAGUAUAAGCCUCUGAGAAGGCGUGUGCAUGGGUGUGA